CUUUUCUUUAUUUUCUACAUAGCAUAUUUUUAUGUUAUAUAUUGCCUUUUACAGUUACAGCCCACAAACAAUAUCUCAUCAAGAAUUGAUUUUUAUUACAUGGGGAUCUCUGAUUUUAUCUCUUGCCAUCUGGGUUUAUUUCCAUUUUUUACUAGUUGAUAAGGGUAUGAUUUUCUUGGAAAUUUAUUGAAGGAGGUGGAUGCAUAUGCAUAUGCAUAAGCCUUGUGUCUUUUGAUGAGUGAAUUUGGUACAAUUUGUGGUUUUGCAUUGAGUUGUCAAGAAAUUGUGUAUUGUUUUCUUGAGAAAAAUGAUGGAUUUUGCUGGGACACCUGGGACUGCAACUGCUUUUGUUCUUAGGAUAUUGCAGAGCUUCUUUGCAGUUGCUUCAAUAACUUUUAUGGUCACCACCACUUCAUUCUAUCAAGUCACUGCUUUCUGUUUUUUAGUUGCUUCAAUGGGAUUGCAAGUCCUUUGGAGCUCUGGACUGGCAAUAUUGGAUGGUUAUGCCUUGGCAACAAAGAAAGUAAUCCACAAUACUGGUCUAGUUGGCCUUUUUGUAGUCGGAGACUGGGUCACAGCGACAUUGUCCCUUGCAGCAGCAGCAUCCUCAUCAGGUAUUACAGUAUUGUACUUCAAUGACUUGGCGGGAUGCAAUUUUGGAGAAGAAUGCCAAAAAUUACAGUUGGCUGCUGGAUUGGCCUUCUUAACCUGGAUAACAAUAGGAAUAUCCUCUGUAAUUAUGUUGUGGAUUUUAGCGGCAGGAUAAUGUCCCUGACUAUACUGUGCAGUUCAUGUGUAGACAAAGAGAACUUGGGAGUUUUCCCUAGAAACGAGAAUUCGGAUUUUGAUAUAUUAUGUCUAGACAAAGAGAACUAGGAGUUUUGUAUAUACUGAGAAUUUGGAUGUUAUUUCA